AACCUUCUUUCUAUACAUACCUGCCAACACCUGUUCCUCUUUACCUGCGAAAAGGGGUUCAUCUGACGGUUCGAAUGUCGCCUUCACUGACUAUGCAUCCUUCUCGUAAUGUACGGAUCGAGGUGGUACAAAGUCAUAUCAGCUGAUUGGGGUUAUCUACAUCCUCUUACCUUUGCACACCUUCAUUCGAAAGCCCGCAAAGGGUAGCGAUACCAUGCAGAUAUUGGCUUUGCCCUCUCUACUCCUGCUGCUUCUUCAUUUCCCUGUGAGAUCAUGGACUGCCCGGCCUGCCCGUGUCUACUUGGCGUACAAAGAGCUCAUGGAGUCCCGCACCGCACGUUUUUUCAGCUUUGGCUUUAACACAAGCGACUACCGGAUCCUCCUCCUGGAUCAGGAUCAGGACCGGAUGUACGUCGGGAGUCGCGACUACCUGCUGUCAAUGGACCUGGGCAACAUCAAUCGAGAGCCUUUAAUUAUUCAUUGGCCGGCCGCCCCAAGCCGGCAGAAGGAAUGUCUCAUGGCAGGCAGAGGACGUGCAGACGAGUGUGCCAAUUAUCUGCGCGUCAUUCAGCCGGUGAACCGAACUCAUCUCUAUGCUUGUGGGACAGGAGCGUACCAGCCGCAGUGCACGCUUAUCUACCGGGGAUGGAGGUCAGAGGACUAUGUGUUUAGGAUUAUAUCCGGCACCCACGAGUCUGGGAAAGGGAGGUGUCCCUAUGACCCCAAGCAAGAGAACAUGGCGACUAUCAUAGAUGGGGUCCUGUACGCCGGAGUGCAGGUGGAUUACAUGGGGACAGAUGCCGCCAUAUUCCGCACCAUGGGUAGCAAACCUCCAAUCAGGACGGAGCAGUACGACUCUCGAUGGCUGAAUGAACCGGUAUUUGUGGGCUCCCUGGUGGUGCCGGAAAGCAGCUUUAAAGAGGAUGACAAACACUACAUCUUAUUCCGGGAGCGGAGCCUGGAGGGCGAGAACGGGCCCGCCGUGGUGUCUCGGAUCGCUCGGAUAUGUUUGAAUGACGAGGGAGGGAUGCGCUCCCUGGUGGGAAAAUGGACCUCAUUCCUCAAAGCGAGACUCGUUUGCUCCGUCAUUGGUCCAGAUGGAGUGGAGACAUCAUUUGACCAACUGCGUGACGUUUUCAUCCAGCAGACUCAGGACAAGCAGAACCCUCUCAUCUAUGGAGUGUUCACCACGCUGGGUUCCGUGUUCCGGGGCUCUGCCGUCUGUGUUUACUCUCUUGCUGACGUCCGUGCUGUGUUUAAUGGGCCAUUCGCACACAAGGAGGGACAUGGGUUCCAGAUGACGGCCUAUACAGGGAAAACGCCUUACCCCCGGCCUGGAGCGUGUGCAGGUGGGUUCUCGGUGGCCAACAUCCGCUCCAGUCGGCAUUUCGGUGAGGACGUGCUGAGGUUUGUGCGCACGCACCCGCUCAUGUACACCUCGGUGUACCCCGUGAACCGCAAGCCCCUCCUCCUGCUCUCAGACGUCUCCUACACCUACACCAGUAUCGCGGUGGACAGCGUGCCGGCCUCCGACGGGGAGUACACCGUUCUCUUUCUGGGGACAGAUCGUGGUACGGUCCAGAAGGUGAUGAUCCUACCUAAAGGUCCCGAGGAGACGGAAGGCAUCACUCUGGAGGAGGUGGAAGUGUUCCGGGUCCCGGCCCCUGUAAAGAACAUGAGACUGUAUGUAUUGCAGCACCAGCUCUACGUGUCUUCAGAUGCCGGGGUGACCCAGAUCUCCCUCCACCGCUGCUCAGCCUAUGGGGACUCCUGUGCUGACUGCUGCCUCUCCAGAGAUCCCUAUUGUGCCUGGGAUGGGAAGGCCUGUGCUCGCUACACCCCGUCACCCAUGAGGAGGAGUCGGCGCCAGGAUGUGAGACAUGGGGACCCAAUGAGGCAGUGCAGAGGGUACAACAUGCAAGUGGACAGAGGAGUCUCCGAGCGGCUACAGAUAGGAGUGGAAGGUGGAAGCGUCUUUCUUCAGUGCGAUACCCAUUCUCCGCUCGAGAGCGUCACUUGGUUACUGCAGCGAGAGGGCUCCCAGCAUCGGAAGGAGGUACGACUUCAUGCCAUGGAGGGAGGAGCAAUUCUCCGCUCGGUGCAGACAAAUGACGCCGGUUUGUACACUUGCCUGGGGACAGAAAAUGGCUUCCGAAGGUCACGUGGGAAAGUCAGACUAAACGUAUUACCCCGAGAACUGCUAGAAAAACUGACCUCUUCCCCAACCCUGCUCCCACCCCUGGCUCAGUGCCCGCCCACACGUCGGCAGAAGACACGGACGCAGACAGAGAGGAACUGAGGUUGUUUUAACAUGGACCUUUACGGCAAAGGGGGCUGUCCAACAGCAGCUCCAAGACCCACUUCAACACAAGAGACUCCAAAUCAUUGGGAGACUGUAUGGGAAGAGCCUACACAACUCACUACCAGGCCUCCUGACGCAGAAGCCGUUAUGGAAGGAGCCUUAACAAUUCACUACCAGACAUCCU